CGUGUGACGUGGAAUUUUGACAAUAUUUAUGACAAGGAUGAUCAUUAAUUUACAAUGGAAGAGCUCUGCAGGCUUUCAUUCCAAUCAGGCAGCUCCUCCUCUCAGGAGACGAUGAACGCCUGGAAGUGGACUGAAUCGACAAACUGGUGCUCUUCAGAUACAAUCCUCAUAAGGAUGUAGAGGUGUGCACGUCACUGCUGCGUCUUCUCAGGGCUGGAUCCACAUCCGUGCUGGCACACCGACAACACGUUACAUGUCAGGAUGUCUAAAUGUGAACUGAUUGAGUUGAAGGACCUCAGUGUAAAUGAUCCCAUUGAUCUGGCAGUGCCAGCGGCCCACAGUGCUUCACCAACUGUAAACCCGGGACCGCCUGGCCAUUCCCGCACCGUCCGUCUGGCUGGACACAAUGUGAGCAUCAAGGCACCUUUGUGUCACACAGGAGAGGCUGGUGCAGGACACAACUUUCAGCCGUACAGUCACACCCAUCUGACCUGGUGUGACCUGUGUGGAGAGUUCAUCUGGGGUCUUUAUAAGCAGAGUUUACACUGUUCCAACUGCAGGUACACAUGUCACCACCGCUGCCGACCGUUCAUCCAGCUGGACUGCAACACAGACGGGCGUCUGUUGACAGACCAGGCAGAUGUGUCUUUUGAUUCCAUAGAAACAGACACAAAUGUGGAUGAGGAUCAGGGUGAAGACAAACACAAGCUGACCAUCAGUGAGAUUCAGCAGAAGGUCCAAGAGUAUAACGCUCUGACCAACAGCAAUCUCUGGAUGGUGCUCAACAAAGAUGGUUCUUACACUGGUUUCAUCAAGGUCCACUUUCAGUUACUUCGCCCGAUCUCGCUCCCGCCGCCUCAGAGGCCGUGUUCAGCUCAGUAUAAUGAUCUGCAGUGUGAUCACACGACACGGCGGACGUCUUUUUACCUCCCCAAAGAUACCGCCAAGCACCUGCAUAUAAGCUCCCAAACACCAGCAUACCAAGUCAUUGAAGCAUUGCUCAACAAGUUCACAUUGGUGGACAACCCGGCAAAGUUUGCACUGUUUGAACGCACUGAACGCCAAAAUCAAGUGUACCUACGUAAACUCGCUGAUGACGAGUGUCCCCUCUGCCUGCGUUUGUGUGCCGGUCCCAGUGAAAAGAUCCUGAGCCUGCUUCUGAAAGAGAAUGAAACAGGAGAUGUGAAUUGGGAUGCAUUUAGCUUUCCUGAGUUGUGCAACUUUCUUCGAAUCCUGCAGCGUGAGGAAGAAGAAUAUGUGCAGCAGAUUGUCAAGCGCUACGCUGUGGCAAGAAACUUGAUGGAGCAGGCCUUGAUGAGGAUUACGACCCCUGGGUGAACACAUUUGUUGCCAGAGAUGUGUAAAUGUUCCACAUAUUUAAACCUGAAGGUUCUUGGAUGAGAUCAAAACAUAUACAGCACUAUAAAAUGGGAAAUAAUAGCUGAGACAAUGAUAUUAUUUUUGGUAAAAUAAUGAAGUAGAGAUGCUGCUGAUGCUGCUAGGAUUCAUGUGAACUGCAUAAAUCCAUUGAUUCUUCUGUUUGUUUCCCUGAAGAGCAUCACUGAUGUAAAAUAAAAGUAAAGUGAAGAAAAU